AUGGACGCGCGCUCCAUCGCCGAGAGCCAAAAGGGCUUGAGAACUGCGGCGAGCAGCAUCCGAAUGGAUCGGCUGGACCAGAAAAGGAGAGAAACAGCAUUCACCAAGGAGCUUACAAUAGGCGAGGCCUCGAGGGAUAUCAGUGAUGGCAGCACGCGACCUGGCCACCAUAGGAACUAUGGCGCCGCAGUAUUCGAUCUGAUCGUAGCCGCAUUACCGCUCUAUUUCGUGGCCUUUGCCUUCCUUGCCUACGCGCAAAAUGGGACUCGGGUCGACCUACCGCUCAAUCAGGUGCUCCUGAAAAUGGCAAGCUUCGUACGUCGUCCCUCGAUGCCAUGCGUGGACAAGACGGAGAGCAACAACUGACAACUUGCUCAAAGAACCCUACAGCCUUUCCAAUCGUCUUCACACUCCUUUCUGCCAAGUUCAUCAAAUCUGUUGCCAAUUGGAAGCUUGAACGAAGUACUUCCGUUGGCACGAUUCAAUCUUUGUGAGCCACUUGAUAUCCACAAGCAAUCCUCUGAGAUACGCUUGCUUACCGUCUAUGUCUUGCAGACUCGGAAGCAGAUCGCUAGCAACAUCCAUCAUUACUCCUGUACGACUCCAUCUCUCCACCAGCAUCCGCCAGACUUGGAGCUAAUCGAAAGCAGUUCAAGAUCGGCGUCUUUAAUUUCGCAGUCUUGAUUGGCAUUGCGUUUUGGCUUUUGGAUCCGGUUGGAGGCCAGGCAUCCUUGAGACUUGCCACCAGGGAUUCGAAUUCCACGACCUUGGACGCGAACUUUGACUAUCUCGACAUCAACACGUCUCCAUUCGGACUUCUCGAUGCGCCGAGCCGACUCGCCUCCAUCAAUGGAGCAUUCAAUGCCGCUCUGCUUAGCCCGGCUUCGAGCAAGAACGGCUCUCAGGAUCUGUAUGGCAAUUUGCAGGUACCGCUGCUCGAGGUGUUGAAGGAUUCGCAGAAAGCUGACUCCAAUGGCUGGUAUCGAAUCGCUGAGCUGGUAAAUGCAAGUGAGUCCAGCACGAGCACUACGGCGUUGGACCAGUUUCUGGGCCUCGAUAACGAUGCAGAUCCAUCUGCGGACGUGACAGCAUCUGCAUAUGCGUCUCUUGUUGGAAUGCCUUUCCUACAGGAGUCGAGCUCUGACGGCGUACCAUCAACUGCCUCUGCCGUCAAUAUUGAGACGCAGUUCAGUAUGGAAUCUUCUUACUUUUAUGCAGACUGCUCUGUGGAGCAAUCCGGGAGCACCGAAGACAGCAAUGAUUUCGCGAGCAGCAUCGACACAGGUAGGGGAGUUGUCUCCAACGGUCGGCAAUUCUCCAUGUCUUACGAUCAAAACCACACCACGAACAGCACACAGCCACGGGCAGUGGUUUUCACUUCCUGGAAUGGCCACAGCUCUGGAUCAAACGGUGAUAUCACGACGGCAACAUGCCAGUUGACUACCACUUACAUCGAAGCAAACGUCUACUGCGCGACCAACUCCAGUUGCAGCAUCCUAGCGAUGCGUGCCUCUCUGCUCGACCACCCUAAACCAUCUCUGACCCAGCUCGACGGGAUUGCUCCAACCUGGAACGCGACAUCGAAUCAUACGCAAUCAGAGCGGCAUGCCAUACCUGAGCUUUUCUUCUCAGGCCUUAUCAACGCAACUGGAAACGAGACCGACGAAACGGGCGGUCUUUCACCCAUCGAAUGCUAUUUCCUCCACCCGGAAGACCCGUACAGCUGCGAUGGUAACGGGCAGUACACGCUCUACAGCAUCCGCAACGACCUCUUCUCCUAUCGCGCCACGCAGCUCCUGAAUACUUACUGGCUAGCGAACAUCGCUCCUUUCUCUGUCACCGGAAACUUCAAACCCAACAACACUCGCGAAUCCGGCGUGAGUCGCGCAGUGCAAGGCCAAGUCCGCGUCGAAACAACUGUGCUCCGCUGCCAUACUCACUGGAUGAUCCUGCUUGUCGCCAUCUCAAUCGUCCUGUUCCUUGCCGGCAUGGCAACGGCGUAUCUUGACGCUACGCGCAAGAUUCCAGAUGUGUUGGAUUACUUUGCGAACUCGCUACAGUAUAAUCCGUAUGUGCAUGUUGAGCGAGUGUCAAGUAUGGAAGAGGGAGCGGAGAGGGCAAGGCGGUUGAAAGAUUUGAGGAUACAGAUGGGAGAUGUAAGACCUGACGAUCCUGCGGGAUAUAUCGCGAUAGGGACCCCAGGGUAUAAACAGCCCAUCAGGAUGGUGUCAGCUGAGAGGAGGUAUCGAUAG